AUGUUUUCCAAAGCGAUCAGCGUGUUGAUAACUGGAGUGAACAGAGGCCUGGGUCUGGAGAUGGUCCGGCAGAUGGUGGAGAUCCAGAAGCCUCCUCCCAGGUUGCUGUUUGCCUGCUGCAGAGACCCAGACGGAGCUACGCAUUUGCAAGCUUUGAAAAAGGAACAUCCAGAUAUUAUCAAAAUCAUCCACUUAGAUGCCGCAGAUCCCACCAGCAUCAAGCAGGCGGCUGCACAGGUGGGCUCUAUCUUAGGAACCAGUGGUCUGAACCUGAUCAUCAACAAUGCAGCUGUGGCAGUUCACCAGUCAUUGUUUGAUAGUACUCCGGAGGACAUGCACAGAUCCUUCAACACUAAUACAAUUGGGCCUAUGCUCGUAAUUCAAGAGUUUAUUCCUUUUCUCCGUGCUGCAGCUAAAGAUUGUGGGUCACCAGGACUGUCCUGUUGCAAAGCAGCUGUGAUCAACAUUUCUACUUUUUGUAGUUCAAAUGAGCUAACAAAAGAGUCGUACAAGGAAUUUGCUGUAAUGCCAUAUCGUGUCAGCAAGGCAGCGCUGAAUAUGCUGUCUGUCUGUGCUUCUCUGGAACUCCAAAAACAUGAGAUUCUCUGUGCAAUGCUGCAUCCUGGAUGGGUUCGCACGGACAUGGGUGGAAAGGACGGGGAGCUAAGCGCAGACGAGAGUGUUGAAGGAAUGCUGCAUGUGAUGAGCUCCAUGACUGAGCAGCACUGUGGCACUCUGCAGGACUGGAGAGGCCAGACAGUCCCCUGGUAG